CUUUGUCCCAGUGCCAAGCCGGCGAGCUGAUCAGUCUCAUUUUUAUUCUUUUUGAGGUUGAACACGUACACAAAUUUAGCUAGUCUUGGCGGAAAAAAUUUUAAGGAAUAUAUUUUAAAGGCGGCACAGCAAAUCGAACUGCAAGUUUUACAAUAUUGGUAGUAUUUUUGUAUCCGAAUUGUCAAAGUUUAAGUUCAACUUCAAUCUGAAAAAAUGUACCGGUUCUCCCGCAACGCUUUCGCACGUGCGUGUGCCUUCGGUGUCGGUCGUCCCCGAGCGUUGGUCGUGCAGCGGCAGUGCCGCUAUGCCUCGCAAGCCAUCAACCAGAUGCUGCAGCUCCAGCAGAUGGAGAUCUGUGCGGACCCACCGUCGCGCGGCCUGGUCGUAGGUGUGUAUGCCGAUGAGGAGGACAAGAACGACGCUGGCAUCCUCACACCGACCGGAUGGCGGUACAACGUACAGAAGACCCACGGGCGCUUGCUGGAGGUGCUGCGGAUGUCGGGACCCAUGCCCAAGCGCGGCGAGACCCGCCUGAUCUUUGCCGUGGAACCAGAGCGGGUACCCUAUUACUCGGCUGUGGCGGUCAUCGGGCUGGGCAAGGAGUGCCUGGGCUACAAUCCCUACGAGGUCCUCGACGAGCAGAAGGAGGCUAUCCGGCGAUCGGUGGCGGAUGCCUGCCGUAUUCUCGCCGAAAUCGAUACAGACCGUAUCGAGGUGGAGAACUGCGGGCAUGCCGAGUCGGCCGCCGAGGGGGCCGCUCUGGGAAUCUGGAUCUACCAAGAGCUGAGGGAUCCCAAGCGCCGGAUAUCAGUCCCGUCCAUUGAUUUGUUUGCCACCAAGGACGAGAUUUGUGAUAUCGAGGGAUGGCGCAUAGGACUCCAGAAGGCAGCCGCCCAGAAUCUUACACGCCAGCUCCAGGAGAUGCCCUCUAACCUUCUAACACCCACUGCAUUUGCUCAGAAUGUGGUGGAGGUACUUUGUAAAUCUGGUGUCAACGUGGAGGUCAAGGUUGAGGGCUGGGCAGAGAGUCAGUCCAUGCACGCCUUCUUGGCGGUGGGCAAGGCCUCCUGUGAGCCACCUAUCUUCCUGGAGUUGAGCUACUACGGAACCUGCGCUGAAGAGCGCCCAAUUGUUCUUGUGGGUCAGGGCGUGACCUAUGAUGCUGGUGGCCUGUGCCUUAAGGAGAAGGAGGAGCUGUUCCACAUGCGAGGUGACAUGACUGGAGCCGCUGUAGUGGUGGCCACUUGCCGAGCUGUGGCUGGACUGAGAUUGCCGGUUAACAUUCGCGGCCUUAUUCCACUGUGCGAAAACGUAAUUGGUUGCAAUUCGUUCCGUCCCGGAGAUAUGGUCAAGUCUAUGAACGGCAAGACCAUCGAAGUCCAGUGCACCGACCACGAGGAUGUCCUGGUGCUAGCCGAUGCAUUGCUUUAUGGACAGAACUUCUGUCCAAAGUGCAUUAUCGAUAUCGGCACUUGCUCCGGGUACAUGCGUCAAGCUUUGGACGAGGCGGCCUGCGGCGUGUUUACCAAUUCUGAGAUUUUGUGGCAGCAGAUCAAGCAUGCCAGCAUGCACACGGGCGAUCGCGUGUGGCGUCUUCCUCUGUGGAACUACUAUAGCAAGGCCGUGCGUGCCGGAGGCCGCAGUGAUGUCCAGAACUACGGCAUUGGCCGUGGCGGACGUCCCUGCAAAGCCGCCGCUUUUCUGCGCGAAUUUGUGCCUUGUGGACAAUGGAUGCAUAUCGAUGCUACCAACGUAAUGAUAACUCGCGGCGAUGAAUUUGAAUAUCUGCGACAGGGAAUGGCUGGCCGCCCCACGCGAACCCUCAUCGAGUUUAUUGCGCAGACCAUUUGCAAGGAUACGGCACCCAAGCUUAACAAGUGAUGAAUAUCCUUGAAAAUGGUGUUUUACGUUAUAUUGAGACGAUGCCACUUGUACAUCAGUGUUAUUUUAUCCUACUGACCGAACCUACGUAGCUUCUUCGAUGAGUUGAUGUUGGGGCCACGAAAUGUUAAAAUUGAUUCGUUUAUUAAUGAAGUAUAAAAAUUAUAGGUUAU